AUGGCACUGUCGGCUGUUAAAAAUACGUUGGAGAGGGCUUUAGAUAAGGAUCUAUCCGACUUGGUUAGGGGAAUAAGGGCACACAAAUAUGAUGAGGUAUGUGGUGAAGAUGAUCACUUUUACUUCAAGGCCAAGUACAUCAACGAGUGUAUCGAUGAGAUUAAAAAUGAAUUAAAGACAGGGAACAUAGUAUCCAAGGCCAAUGCUAUAAAUAAAUUAGCAUAUUUUGGUGCCCUUACUCCACUGGAACCACGGUUAGGCAAGAAGCUCAUUGAACCGUUGACAAACCUCAUUCACAACACUUCUGCGAUGUCACUGCUCUACGAAUGUAUCAACACUGUUCUAGCAGGUGAGUCAGUCUUUCGUAGGUUGCAUGUGUGUGCGCAUUUGCCUUCUUGCUUUUUGUUAGUUCUCCUUUCAAUUUCUUCAGGUGUGCCUGAUCAUCAUGCUUCUAUCCAACUUUGCGUUCAAAAACUGCGAAUUCUCAUCGAAGACUCUGAUCAGAAUCUGAAGUAUCUGGGACUGUUGGCUAUGGGCAAGAUUCUUCGUCAUCACCCAAAGAGCGUGCAAGCACAUAAGGAUCUCAUCUUGACCUGCCUUGAUGAUCGAGAUGAGUCGAUCAGGUUGCGGGCAUUGGAUCUUCUCCAUGGGAUGGUAAGUCGAACCAAUCUGCUGGAGAUUGUGCGCAGCCUCGUCCGUCACCUCUCCACACCCGAAAUUGGUACGCACUUUCGGGCCGAACUCAUUGCUACUGUGGUGCGUAUCUGUUCACAAGGCAACUAUCAGUAUGUCCUCUCCUUUGAGUGGUACAUCUCCGUUUUGUUGGAGUUGGCUCAGUUAAACAUCAGUCGGAAUGGAGAACUUCUCGCCAAUCAACUUCUCGAUGUGGCAGUUCGUGUAGCUUCUGUUCGACCUUUUGCUGUUAGUCAGAUGGCGAUAUUUUUACGUUCCUAUAAGAGAAUGAUAACUCACUCUAAUCAAGCCAGCCUUCACGACGUUAUCUACGCUGCCGCAUGGAUAUGUGGGGAAUACGCUGGGUUCCUAGAAGAGCCGCGAGAAACAUUAGAAGCCAUGCUUGAAACCGCGAAUUUGGUGGAUCUUCGCGGCCACAUUCAAUCCGUGCUUGUAUUGAAUUCGCUGAAGCUCUACUGUAAACUUGCAGCCAAAUGGUUCAAUGAGUCACCAAAUGGUUGCAUGUUGGAAAAUCCAGUGUUAGAAGAUGGGGAUUCAGAACCGUCGUUAUCUCAUCUUCAGGAUCUUUUGGAGCAUUUGCUUGAACUUACGAAUUUCUUCAUGGAUAAAAUCUCCCUCUUUGUCCAUUCAGCCAAUCUGGAAGUACAAGAGAGAGCUGUUUCAAUUCAUCAGCUCUUGCACCUCAUGACAAAGAGGUUAUCGAAGUUGCGAGCUCAGGUUGGAGAUUCGAUACCCAAUUCAACCGCAACUACCGAAAUCGUAGAUUUUAUGGCGGCUGGUAGUGGUGAACGACUGGAUCCCCUUGGUCCUGUCGCAUCUGAAGCUAGGUCCAGUGCUGAAUCACAUCAGCAGACUAUACCGGUGCACGACCUUCGCAUGGGAUUGCACACUCUCCUCUAUGAGUUGUGCUCCCUUUUUGAAGGCGAGCUUAAUCCAGUGGCUCCGAAGGCCCAACGCAAAGUACCCCUGCCCGAAGGACUUGAUCUUGACGCUUGGAUCAACGAACCGCCGUCACCACCAUCGCAGGCGUUAACAGGUUCAUCCAAUGCCUUCACCUCUCCACAGGAUACAAAGUCUAAAAAGGUCAAACGUAAAAAUGUUGAACUGAGGCCAACUGGAGAUGGCAUUUUCACCGGUUUAGUGGAAUCUGAGGGACCGAAGUCCGUACAAUUAUCACAGGCAGAAUUAGACGAAAUGCGAAAGCAGCGUUUACUGAUGCAGCAGUCAAAUCCGCAUUAUCUAAAGCCCGUGAAAAGUAGCUCGCAUAAUCUUGUCGUACAAGAUGAAGAGAGCACUCCAACUCUAACUCAAGAUGACCCGCUUGUCGAGGAACCCUCUAACGGUGUUGGUUCAUUUUCAUAUGGAUUUGCAGGACUGAAGCUAGCAAGUUCGGAUAAAUUUGCAAUGGAGAUGCAGAAGCAAUUCAGGGAGAUGAGUAAGGCGAAUGCAAAAGCUUCUGGAUCUCGCAGCAAAGCCACAAAGAAGGAACGACGCUCGAAGCAGGCUGCUGCUGUCGAGCAAGUAGAAGGGGAGGCACUAAAUGACUUCCCAACAAAUGUCGCUGUCAGCAAUGUUAUGGAUCUACCAGAGGGUGUUGCACCUAGCGAGCUGGAUUCGCCUGACGAAGAAAACGAUUUGGACCCAACCGAUCCCCAUCGUCUUCUCAACAUCCAAUUAGACAUUGAAACCUCGGAAGCUGUGGCCACCAAUGCGCCCAGAAAAAAUUCUAAGGUAAGGAAGCGGAAAGCAAAAGUGGAAGAGGAGGGCGGAGAAUGGCUGGGAAGGGAUUCAACCGCAUUAACUAGUUCGCAAGAGACAGUGAAUCAUCACGUCCAACAAGGCAUUUCGGAGGAAAGCUUCUUAAAGCUACUGAUGAGCUCAACACUCACCGCCGCCUGCCGCGUCAAAGUUCGCUGCCCUGCUACCGCUGAGGCCGUGAAGAGGUCUACCUCGACGUCUGUUGAAGACGCCUUCGUUGCCCUUCUAAACAACCUUUCAGCCGAAGCUGGAGCAUCAGUCGUUGAACGUGUUGGAGCCACUGCAUCACUAUACGCCGAAGUCGCGAGGACACCGGUUUGCGUGUUGGUGAAACUUUCGGUGAGCUCCAUUCAGGUACUUGACGUCCCGACUUUAAUGUCUAAUUUCCAUCUAUAG